CACCACUUUCAAGGCCUUCCAUUGCUUCAUCGCUACCACUACUAGCUAUGUGUGAUCGGAGCUGCAGGCCGCCAUCAUGACCCUCCUCCAACGCCUCCGCGCUGCGCCUCGCGCCCUCAAUGGCUUCCUCCGACCCAUCCCCUUCAUCGCCUUCAACGUCGCCCUCGCCACCCAUAUCACCUUUGGCUACUUCUACAGCAUCCGAACCUCCACCGGCGAGAGCAUGUACCCCACACUGGCAGUCCGAGGAGACUACUGGAUAUGUUCGAAGCGGCACCGGCGAGGCAAGGAUGUGAAAGUCGGGGAUAUCAUCAGCUUUACACACCCGGUGCUACCAGGCUUCGGUGGGGUCAAGAGGGUUGUCGGAAUGCCGGGAGACUUCGUUCUGGCUGGUACGCCUGGAGUAGAUGGGGGAGAUGAAGGUGUUGGGAUGGUGCAGGUGUCCCCCAGGCCAUUGUUGGGUUGCCGGGGAUAACCAAACACUGUCGAGAGACUCACGAAUUAUCGGACCCGUACCCCUUGCCCUGAUUACUGGAAAGCUUGUUGCGAUAUUUUGGCCGCUGUGGAAGUUCAAGGUGUU